AGUUCACCACUGCGAAAUGUCACAGUGCUGUGCCCGUGAGAGUGCAUAAUGAGACCGAAGUUCUGGAAACGGUCUUCGCUCAGAAAAAAUGCGCACCUGAGUUUCUCCGGCUGUGGCUUCCUCGGUAUUUAUCAUGUGGGAGUCGCGAGCGCAUUCCGAGAGUACGCGCCAGACAUUGUCGCGAACAAAGUUGUCGGAGCGUCGUCUGGAGCGUUGACAGCUUGCUGUUUGGUGAACCGGUUGCCGUUCGAUGUGGCUGUCACUUCCAUUCUCCGAAUGGCCACGCAAUCCCGGCGCCGCGCUCUGGGACCAUUCCAUCCCACUUUCAAUAUCAACGAUAUCCUGUUCGAGGACCUGGAGAAAAUGCUCCCGUCAGACGCCCACAUCCGGAGUGAUGGGAAACUGUUCAUUUCUGUGACUAAGAGCUCAUCAUUGGAAAACCAAGUGAUCAGCCGAUACAGCACCCGCGAAGAACUAAUCCUGACGUUGAUGGCAUCGUGUUUCAUCCCGGUAUUUUCCGGAUACAUACCGCCGAAGAUACGCGGCGAAAGAUUCAUCGACGGAGGCUUCAGCUGUAACCUCAAAGUAUUCGACGAUAACACAAUUACGGUAUCUCCGUUCUCGGGCGAAAGCGACAUCUGUCCGCGGGACGAGAGUUUCCAGUUGAGCUGCGUACAGAUCUCAAACACUUCUCUGUCGGUGUCGCCGGCGAACCUCUACCGGAUGCAGCGGAUCCUCUUCGCUCCACAUCCGGACGUGCUGGCGAGAAUGUGCCAGCAGGGCUUCGACGAUGCCAUCAAAUACCUCAGAAGACACCAACUCAUAUCUUGCGUUCGCUGCUUAGCUGUGGAGUCCACCUUGCUCCUUCCAGCUGUACAAACCCCUCAUGAAGAGCAUGAAACGAAGCACGGGACCGGUGGAGAGCGUGACGGAGACUGCGCGGAAUGCGAUGUCGUCAAUCAGAUAGCUCAGUUAUCGUCUCUCCCUGAAAAGGUCCAGAAGCCCUGCAAGGACGCGGCCGAAGCGCUCGAGCGAAGCCUAUACCACUGGCUGUUCAAAACACGAACCAUGAAAACGGUCGCUCUCAUCACGGCUCCGGUCCUCCUGCCGCUUGAUAUCGCCUAUAUAACACUGCGGAAGCUACGCGAAAGCUUCGCGCCGUUGAGAGCGCAGCUCAGAGAAACGAUCUCGAGGACAAUCUCUAGCAAACUCUUGGAAUUGAAAAACGCCCUCGGAUUGACCGAGUCCCGGGCCCAGAUCGGCACCGGGUCGGGACAUCUUUCGUACCAGCUGGCGAUUCACGAAUACGAAUCUAUCGAGCCCAGAAGAAGGGCAUACACGAUGGACACUUCGAAAGGCUCCAAAAUAGCUCGAGCGAAACGGAAAUCCUUCGCAGGUAUCGAGAAACGACUCGUUUCAGAACUCAAUCUCGGUUUUGCCGUGGAUAUGGAGGACGAAACAAUGUCCAAAACUUCGACUCUCCUCAAGACGAUGGAUUCGACAGAAAAUCUGCCGUCUGUCGCCGACGCGGUCUCCUUGACCAACGGAGCUCUGCAGAGAAAUGCCCCUCAGAGUCGAGGCAUCAACGCUAUCGUGAAUGUGACGAGACAGAAAGACCCGCUGAUGAAGUUCUUCUACACCGACGACGAAACCAAUAGUGUGCGAGUUACGGAGAUCUUUGACCUCUCGAGAAUAUAGAACUGUAUAUCUGUUUGGAGGUCCACGUUUGGGUUAAAUGAGUAUCUAGCCUUCAGUACA